CGAAAUGCUUUUGGAAGUGCACGUUACAAUUCAGGACGAGCAGAUUACAUAGCAGCGUACUGCUGUUGCAACGUUAUCUUUAGCUUUAAUAUUUUCCAGCUAACCAUCAUUAAAAUAAAACGCCUUUGAAAACAAAUAAGUAAACAUUAAAUAGCUUCUUUCUCUUUCAACCGCAACAAUGCAUUAAACACAUGGACGCGUAUUUUAAUGUAUACUUAAACAUAGUGGAAAAUUAUUCAUGCACAACCCUUACAUUAUACAUUUAUCUUGACAUAUAUUACUUUAAUGCGAAUGGUAGGAAUUGCUUAGUCAUCCCCCAAACUGGUUUAAAUUAACUUCUGAGUGCCCAAAGUUAGGGUGGAUCCCAUUGACUGCCUGUGAUUGGAUGUGCCGUCGCAGGCGGGUCUGUCCAAAGGCUGCAACAUCUGCAAACUCUCACAGAUGUUGUCCACUCAAUAACUCACUUAGGUUUAACUUGGAACACGACCUCUGGAGAGAAAAUGUCUUUUGUAAACGUAGAUCCAGCAUCUGAUUUCUCUUUCCACAACCUACCGUAUGGCGUAUUCUCCACAUUGGACAAUCCCAAACGUCGCAUUGGGGUCGCCAUUGGAGACCAGAUUCUGGACCUGAGUGUGAUACUAUCACUGUUUCAAGGACCCGUGAUGGCCAAACAUCAGGAUGUCUUUCAACAGCCUACAUUAAAUGCUUUUAUGGGUCUGGGAUAUGAAGCAUGGAAGGAGACCAGAAGAACAUUGCAGUUUUUGCUCUCAGCCAAUGAGAGCACUCUAAGAGAUGACUGCACUCUCCGUAGUAGAGCUUUUGUCCCACAGAGCGCAGCCAAAAUGCAUCUUCCCGCUGAUAUCGGUGAUUACACCGACUUCUAUUCAUCCAGGGAUCAUGCAACUAACGUUGGCACCAUGUUUCGGGGAAAAGAAAAUGCUCUCAUGCCAAACUGGUUGAGGCUUCCCGUGGGAUAUCAUGGUAGAGCAUCAUCAGUGGUUGUUUCUGGCACCACUAUUCGUCGGCCCAUGGGCCAGAUGAGACCCGAUCAGACAAAACCUCCUGUCUUUGGCCCAUCAAAGCAAUUGGACAUCGAGUUGGAGAUGGCUUUCUUUGUUGGAGGGGGCAAUUUGCUUGGGGAGCCAAUCCCCAUUGAGAAAGCCCAUGAACACAUCUUUGGCAUGGUACUCAUGAACGACUGGAGUGCUCGGGACAUCCAAGCUUGGGAGUAUGUUCCUUUGGGUCCAUUCCUGGGGAAGAACUUUGGAACAACCAUCUCACCUUGGGUGGUCCCCAUGGAGGCCUUGUUACCCUUUGCGGAGCCCAAUCCCAUUCAGGAUCCACAGCCACUCCCCUACCUCCAACAUGAAGAUGCAUACACAUUCAACAUCAAUCUAUUUGUAUCACUAAAAGGGCAGCUAAUGAAAGAAUCUUCUAACAUCUGCAGUUCAAACUUCAAGUACAUGUACUGGACAAUGAAGCAGCAGCUCGCUCAUCACACAAUCAACGGCUGCAACAUCAGACCUGGAGACCUGCUGGCUUCUGGUACCAUUAGUGGACCUGAUCCAAAGAGUUUCGGCUCCAUGCUGGAACUAUCAUGGAGGGGAACCAAGAGCAUUGAUCUUGGUGGUGGAGAAACCAGAACCUUCCUCCAGGAUGGAGAUGAAGUCACCAUUACAGGUCACUGCGAAAGAGAUGGUUACCGGGUGGGCUUUGGCUCCUGCACUGGGGUCGUCCUCUCUGCCUUGCAACACUGAAACCAGCAGAAUGUUUUGUGUGAGCGGGAACGUGUUCCUUUGUGGAAAAUUAAUAUUCAGCACGCACAUGCACACAUGCAUACAUACACAAUAUGACACACUCUGUUUCACAUGCUGCUCAAUUGAAGUGAUAUGCGCCUUAAUUAAUUAUUCAUGCAUUUCUCAGAGCUCCGAAGACAGAUAGUGACCUUGUUACUGGAAUCCUCUGCAAUAUCCGUCAGAGGGCUUGUUUCGCAUCAUGUCUCGUGUUACUGCUGUACCAGAAUCAGUAUUAUUGAUAUUUGCAGCCUGGUAUUUCUGGAUUAAUAAUAAAAGGCUAAAUACAUUUUUA